UUGCCUCAUUUGUAAUUGAUAGCAGAAAUUCCUUGGCGUGGUGAGCAAUUUGUAGGAAUUAACGCGGAAACGCAGAAAUUGGUUGAGGAAGAAGGAUGAGGAGUAUAGCGGUUACGUUCACGUUCGCUAUUUUGCUCUUUUGGGUCGAACCUCUGCAAAUCCAUGCCAAUAAUUCAGUUUCCGCUUUCGUUCAAAACGUCAUCUACUCCAACCGAAUCGCCCUUUUCUCCAAAUCCUAUUGCCCCUAUUGUUUGCGCGCCAAACGCAUGUUUGCUGAACUGAAUGAGCAACCCUUUGUGGUGGAGCUCGAUUUGCGAGAUGAUGGGUAUCAAAUUCAGGGUGUUCUUCUGGAUUUAAUAGGUAGAAGGACAGUCCCGCAAAUUUUUGUGAAUGGCAAGCAUAUUGGUGGAUCAGAUGAUCUCAGUGCUGCGAUCCAAAGUGGUGAAUUGCAGAAACUUCUCAGUGCAAGUUGAUGCUGUACUGACAUCUAUCGUGGGAUAUUCAAGUUUUCAAGUUUCUAGCAUCAUAAUGCUUUUUAGAGGAAUUUCAUACUAUUAUGAUUAUUUGAAACUGCUUGAAUUCUUCAUAUACAAAUAUAGGAAUCUCGAGAGAGAGAAUGAGCUCUAAUUGGUAGAAUUGAUCUUUCUUUCUUUCUUUGGGUUUAAUCGUUAGUUAAGUAAUAUUUCUCUAUAAUUAUUGUUUUGUUGAAUCCAUUUCAAAUCAUGGCAUGAUGACGUCGGGAUAUUGUUUCCAAGAGGAAAACUAUGGGUUUAUGAAUGAACCAAGGUCAA